AUGUUCGCAGCACUACCCAGGCCACGCUAUACUGGCGAAGAGGAGCAGCAGAGACAAUCAGUGGGUCCUCGAAUCAUUGGCGCCGACCAGGCAGCAUCACAACAACUGCAAAUCGCCAAGCGCAGCGGCAUUCCUCUAUAUGGCCAACGCAACAACUGGCGUCCUCGCGGCAACGAAGACUUUGGAGAUGGCGGUGCCUACCCUGAAGUUUCGGUCGCUCAGUACCCUCUGGAUAUGGGCAGGAAGCAUGCGUCGUCGUCGAAUGCUCUGACUUUGAGCGUUAAUGCUGAGGGUCAGGUUGACUAUACUGCCAUUGCUAAGCGUGGCCACGCCGAGAACAGAAUUGUGCAUGCUUCGUUCAAGGAUCUGAUUCCACUUAGACAUCAAGCAAAUGCUGGUGAAAUCUCACUUGCACGCCCGGACGAGGAGACGGUGGCAGAGACAAAGCGAAAGACAGAAGCAGCACUGGCAACUCUAGUCGCCGGCGCAAGUGCAGCACAGCGUCCCAAAAAUGUCAAGGGUGUCGANAAGAGAGAAGCAUCAUACGUCCGCUAUACACCAGCCAACCAGAUGGGACAAGACAACUCCAAGAAAGGCGACCGUAUCAUGAAAAUCAUGUCUCGCCAAAUCGACCCUAUGGAACCUCCCAAAUUCAAAGCAAAGAAGAUCCCUGGAAGACCCUCAUCACCUCCUCCGCCAGUCAUGCACUCUCCACCUCGCAAACUUACCGCCGAAGACCAAGAAGCCUGGCGCAUCCCUCCCACAGUCUCAAACUGGAAGAACCCCAAGGGUUACACAGUACCCUUGGACAAGAGAUUGGCAGCAGAUGGCAGAGGUCUCCAAGACGUAACCAUCAACGACAAAUUCGCCUCCUUCGCCGAAGCUCUACAAACCGCCGACCGCCACGCCCGUGAAGAAGUAAAGUCCAGAGCACUAAUGCAACAACGCCUCGCCGAANNAAGGAAAAAGAGCAAAAAGAAGAAAACCUGCGUUUGCUCGCCCAAAAAGCCCGCGAGGAAAAAGCUUCCGCCGCCGCCGCUUCCGGAAAACCUUCUGCUCGCGAUGGCCCACGCAGCAGGAGCAGAAGUGUUGAUAGUUACUCUUCACGCUCCCGCUCUCGCACCCCCCUCAGAAGACGAAACCGAACACGACCGCCGCGAACGCGAACGCCUGCGCGCCGAACGCCGCCGCGACGCCCAAAGAGAAAUGCGCCAGAAAAACAUGGGCCACGAACGCCGCAUGCAAGCCCUCGCGCGCGCCCAAAACCGCGACAUUAGCGAAAAAGUAGCCUUGGGGCUUGCAAAACCCACAACCAGCAAAGAAACAAUGUACGACUCAAGACUCUUCAACCAGUCGUCAGGGUUUGCGGCUGGGUUCAAUGAAGACCAAGCGUACGACAAACCGCUAUUCGCAGAUCGUGAGGCGUUAAACUCUAUCUAUCGUCCGCAAUUGGAUGCAGAUGAUGCAGACGAUGGAGGCGAGACUUUGGAAGCUAUUCAAAAGACUUCGAGGUUUGAGACGUUGGGGAAAGCGCCCAAGGAAGGCAUGAAGAGUGCCAGGGCUGCUGAGCAGAGAGAAGGCCCAGUCAUGUUUGAGCGCGAUAAUGGCGAUCCGUUUGGUGUGGAACAGAUGAUUGCGGAUGCGCAGAGCAAGAAGGGUGAUGCAGCGGCUGGAAGCGCAUCUGUUUCUGGACAGGGAGUCAAGAGAUAUGGACUCAAUGAAGGUGGAGACCAGGAUGAGCGUGGGAGCAAGAGGGCCAGAAUUGAAGACGAUGACGAGUAA